AUGCCUCCAAAGUUAGAUCCUAAUGAAGUCAAGUUCAUCUACUUGAGAGCCGUCGGUGGUGAGGUCGGUGCCUCUUCCGCUUUGGCCCCAAAGAUUGGUCCUCUUGGUUUGUCGCCAAAGAAGGUUGGUGAAGAUAUCGCCAAGGCUACCAAGAACUACAAGGGUAUCAAGGUCACUGUCCAAUUGAAGAUUCAAAACAGACAGGCUGAGUGCUCCGUUGUUCCAUCUGCUUCUUCCCUGGUCAUUGGUGCUUUGAAGGAAGCCCCAAGAGACAGAAAGAAGGAGAAGAACGUCAAGCACAACGGUAACAUCCCAUUGGAGGAGAUCUUCGAGAUCGCCAGAACCAUGAAGGAGAAGUCCUUCGGUAAGUCCCUGGCUUCCGUGUCCAAGGAGAUCUUGGGUACUGCUCAGUCCGUUGGCUGCCGUGUCGCCGGUAAGAACCCUCACGACAUUAUCGAGGCCAUCGACAGUGGUGACAUUGAUGGUAUGUAUUAA